UGCUAGGAUUACAGGUGUGAGCCACCACGCCAGGCCAACAUUAUUUUUCUAAUUAAAAAGUUUUCUGUAACAAGGAUUGAGCCCAGGCAGGAAUUUAUUCCAGAUUAAUUGUGUUCAUAGUGAACAAGUUGGAGAUUUAGUUUAUUCGUUCCUUGUUUUCAUAAGAGUCAAGUGUCAGAACUUAAUGUUAGUUGCAGGUUCUCAGUAGCUGUGACAGUUUAGUCUGAUUGGACCAUUCUCUAUCAGCCCUGUGCUUCAAGAGGAGGCAGAAACAACCAUCCCAGUGUCUUGGUGGACUUCUGCCUGCUCAGAUACCAUGUCUCCCCUGGAAUCCCCCAGGGACCUGGGAAGAGGAUGAGGGGGAGGCCAGCUGGGCCCCCAGUGCUGGAGACCAGGAGCCCUCACUUACUGGGCUUGUUUCCCACUCAUUGUGCAGCCCGGGCGCUAUCACUUGAGAGGCUUGGCAAGGAAGCAAGGAGGAAGCGGGUGCCACUGCUGGUUCAGAAUGUUCCAGUGUGGUUGGAAAGUUUGAGAAGUGGCCUGGGUGAGAAGAACAAGACCUUAUUGACAGGGUUCAGUCCUGGUCAGGAUGGUUCAUACUUGGCCGAGUUCUUGCUGGAGAAAGGCUAUGAGGUCCAUGGAAUUGUACGACGAUCCAGUUCUUUCAAUACAGGUCGAAUUGAACAUCUAUAUAAGAAUCCCCAGGCUCACAUUGAAGGAAACAUGAAAUUGCAUUAUGGUGAUCUCACCGACAGUACCUGCCUUGUGAAGAUCAUUAAUGAAGUAAAGCCUACAGAGAUCUACAACCUGGGAGCCCAGAGCCAUGUUAAAAUUUCCUUUGACUUAGCUGAGUACACUGCAGAUGUUGACGGUGUUGGCACCUUACGGCUCCUUGAUGCAGUUAAGACUUGUGGCCUCAUCAACUCUGUGAAGUUCUACCAAGCAUCAACAAGUGAACUUUAUGGGAAAGUGCAAGAAAUACCCCAGAAGGAGACUACCCCUUUCUACCCCCGGUCACCUUAUGGGGCAGCAAAACUCUAUGCCUAUUGGAUUGUGGUAAACUUCCGUGAGGCAUAUAAUCUCUUCGCAGUGAAUGGCAUUCUCUUCAAUCAUGAGAGUCCCAGAAGAGGAGCUAAUUUUGUUACUCGAAAAAUUAGCCGGUCAGUAGCUAAGAUUUACCUUGGGCAACUGGAAUGCUUCAGUUUGGGAAACCUGGAUGCCAAAAGAGAUUGGGGCCAUGCCAAGGACUAUGUGGAGGUGCUCACAAAUUUCCUGUGCUUAGACAACUAUUUCUGUCCUGAAUAAUUCCUCGAUGGGAAACCGAAUCUGUUUCCUUGGAUCUGGCUUCCUUGUUCAACCAUGUGAUUCAAAAAGAAACUUGAACAUUUAGAAAAGAAAGCAAAUAAAUUCUCUUGCUAAUGCAGGGGUUAGCUUCACUUGUGAUUUUAUAUUUGUUUAUAACAAUUAAAAAUGUAUGUGUACUUGAGCAUUUAAUACUGAUUUAUAUUAUGGACAAAAAAGUUCUGAUUUUAAAUUUUGAACAGUACAGCAUUUAGAUCUUUUAAAUAUGUCCUUCUAACCUAUAAUGACAAAGAAGCAAAUUUUAUGGCAGCAGUUAUAUUUUAACAAUAUUACAUCAAAAAAAUGUAGGUCCACACUUGUGGAAAUUACAAGAGAAUAAGAGAAAGGAAAUGUUGGCAGGAAAAGCUGAAACUUUCUUUUCUCUAACCUAAUAGCCGUUCCUACUGCAAAAUAUGAGGCAAGUUUUGUGAAAAUAAAUACAUUGUUUUUUCAAGACUAUCAUUUUGUUGUAUGGCCUUUCAGCUAUCUGCAUAUACUUAGAGCUGUAUAGUGAGCUAUGUCGGUACUCCUCUCUCUUUCCAAACUCUUCGCCAGAUUCCAGAACCAAGUAGAUUAAGUUUCUUUUUUUUUUUUUUUUUUUUUUUUUUUUUUGCACUUAGGUGAAAAAGAACUUUGUAUUGGAAUUCAGAAAUCAAAUAGAUUUUGAUUGUGGAGAAAUACUGUACCAAAAUGUUGAUAGAUUUUUUCACUUUUAUUUUAUUCUUUAUACUGUCAUAUUUUCCAUGUAUUAAAAUAGACCUUUGCAAUGGGGGUGGGGAGAAUGACAUUUUAAAAAUAGACCCCCAAAAAUCUAACGAAAAGAGUGAGGCUGUUAGGUAAUGUGAAAGUCUUUUGUGAACCAAUGGAUCUGAAAGAAAGCCUGGCUUCUCACUUCUCAAAUGCCCAGGCUGGCAUUGCUGCAGGGUGUGUACAGAUCUUGACACAAAGGGCCCACAUUUGAAUUCAUAUAAAAUAAAAAUAUUUUACAAACAUUUUGGCUCAAAUACUUCAAAAAGGCCAUCCCAAAUUAAGUCAUUUUUACUAUUGCUUGACAAGAUUAUGUCAGUACAGUGUGCCCAGAAGCCAAAAUUCCACACAAGAGUAAGACACUCUAGCUUUUUAAUAGAAAUGUGAAAUUGUUAGAUUCCAUAAAGAGACAUGUAGAAAGUUAAGUCAUUCUUCUUUGCAUCCAAGACUUGAUUUGCUCUACAAGACAAGUAAGUGGGUUUUGUGUAUUAAGGAUUCUCCUGGGGUUCUAAUAUGUUGAUGAUGUAAGAAGCAUUUUAUAGUUCUCAUUUAUGUGUUCUGAAAGAACUCUCAAUUUCUUGAUUUCUGAAAAAGUACCAUUAUUAAGUAAGAAUUUAUAAUUUGCUACUCUCCAUUUUAAGAAAUAUUAUCAUUCUUUGCAAUUUUAAAUGUAUUAAAAUAAGGUUACUUUAGAGAUUUAUGACUAAAACUAAAUUUGUUGCCAAAAUUAAAGUCAAGGUCAUAAAAAUGAAAAAAGAGAGGCAUUGUUUAUUUAAAACACAUCUAUCCUGACAGUGUAAGUAGCUUUACAAUAAAGAUGUUUGCAAAUAUGGAUCAAACAAGCCAUAAUGGUAUCUCAUUUAUACAUGUAUUAAUUAUAUUAAAUGUAAUUCUUCUGAUUUGUACACAAAAAUAUUGGUAAAUCUUUAGAUUAGGGUACUUAUACUUUUUACUUUUAGAUGAAUUUCCCUAAUGAGGAGUAGAGAGCAUUUUCUCCUUGUGCUGUGAGGCGGGGUGCAGGUCAUCCUAGCUGUGCCAGUGAAUUGCUCCUGAGCCUUAGACAAGUUGUUAUAUCUCAAUUUACCCACAUGUGAAAAGGACAUAAUAACAGCGCUGUAAAAAAAUAAUAUUAAUGUGCUGUUCAUAUAUGAUUAGAGUUUACCUCUGUCUUGUAAACAUUUUUACAAUAAUUUAUUCCAAGUCAUUUCCUGUUGUUGAAUCUGAUUCAUUAAGAUCCAUUUACAGUCUUUCUUCCUAGAUCAAAAUGCUUAAAAAGUUAUUUAAAUGAGUAAGAAGUAUUUCAAUGUGAAAUGAAAAAAUAUAUAAAAACUAUAUUAAAUUAUCUUGUACUUCAGAAUAAACAAGUCAUAAUCAGAUUUUUUCCAAUGUUUUAUUACAAACAUUUUUAAACAUACAGAAUAAUUGAAUAAAUUUAACCAUGAAUAUCCACCACCUAAAUUCUAUAAUUAACAUCUACAAUUAGUGUUGCAUUUUGAAAAAUAAGUACUAGUUAAACAAUUGCUAUAGUGCAAAUGGCUCACAGCUGUAAAUACUUAAUUUACAUAAACAUAAGUUAUCAAUCAUUUGAGUAUCUUAUGGGAUAUAGAUACAUAGCAAUUCAAACUUUUAAAAUAUUUUCUUCUGAAAUAUUUUCCUGGUCCCUCCACAACCUGUCUGCAUGCCUGCUUCCCUCCACAUACACUGGAGCAAUGCCCGGUGUUGAUGAGAAUGCAUCGCGGGCACACACACCAGAGUCAAGCAAACUUGAACAGUCAAUAUUGCAGCAGUGGUGGCUGAAAACAGCAAAGAAGAGAACCUAUAACUUCUCAGGGUGACAUUGUUCAUUCAACAUAUAUUCUUUCGAGCACCUGCCAUGGUCACGGUUCCAGUUGCUAUAAAUGACAGUCUUCUAAGCAUUGUCGAAAGCCACAUGAGCCUGGAAAAUGCUAUAUUACACAAAGUUAAGCAGAUUUCUUCAUCACAGGACUGACUUGCCAAAAUAUAUGAUAUGUGAAUGUGUACUAUAGCAUGAUAAGAUUGAUAUAGGGUUUCCCAAACUUAUUUGGCCUCGGAAUUCUUUGAAUGAAAAAUUAGUACUAACAUCUAGCAGUAAAGAGUUGGAAAAUGAUGCCAUCUGCUUACAUAAAAUUUAUGGUAACAGUCUGGUUAACAAGGUCCUGCUGUGGUCCCACGUUGAUAAAAGUAUUUGGAACACAAUUAUAGCCAGAAAAUGUUGAGAGAUAAGUUAAUUAGUAGAGGCUGGGCCAGAAGUAUCUUUAAGAUUUUACCACGUUCAGAAAGAUCCCUUGCUCUUGCGAGACACAGGUAGCCGAGAGACGUUAAGUCCCAGUUUUUUCCAGGACUCAAUAAAAGCCAUUCAUGAGGUAGCAAGAGGUUCUCCUGGCAAGCACGAACCCCACAAAUGCUUCUGAAGAGUCCCACAGGCAAUCCAGGGAACAUUCACUUUUUUAGAGGUGGGCUUGGAAGUUCAUCUGAAUUUAACAGCGUAUUCUCCCACAGUUUUUUGGACAAUAAACACAGACUGAAUUACAAUAAAGCUACUUUUAGAAAUAAUAAUUGCUGAAUGUUAGGUGAGGAUUUCCUGCCAGAAACUUUUGAGGACUUUGUAUGCACUGUCUUUUAUAAAAGCCACAAAAAUCCUAAAAGAUAGACAGUGCCACCUGAUUUUAUGGGUGAAGGGCCUGAGGAUGAGAGAGUUUCAGUUAAAUAUUUGCUCAAAGCCAUGGCCAGUAAAGGUGAAUGAAGCAAGAACCCCAGCCCAGGCCCAGCACCUCCACCAUACUCAUAACCACUGAUUUCUGUCAACAUGAUAGGAGUGCGGAUAUUAGCAGAAAAUCUGGGUAACAUUCCACUUCCAGGGAGACAGAAAAUUAAGCUUCUCUCCCUUUUCUCUUCCUGUUUUUCAUGGUCCAAGGGGAACAGAAACAUCUGAAAGACAAGGGUCUGGCUGAGACAGCUGUCAGAUCUCCCUAAACCUAUGAUAUUGGCUGUAUCAGGCAAAGAUGCAAAGAGCGUGGUUGGCGAAAAUAGGUAGUUAGAUUUCCAUCCCCCACUCCGGCCACACACACUCGUAUAGAGACCUGGAGAAAGCCAGACGCCUCUGGCAGGGUUUGGAAAGUGUGGUAGACAGAGCUGGGAGAGUUUACCACUGUCUCCCAAUACUUUUUCAUCUGUCCAUUUGCUGCUAGCAUUUUGCAUCCUGUUUUACACAAAUCUGAAAGGAAGAGGUUUUGUUUUAAACUUUCUGAGAUCUUAUUUAAGGGAAAUUUGCUUGUUGCAGCAUCACCAUCAACAAAGCACUUUGUUGUGUGCAGGAGAGUGGCAUAUAAAAGCAGUGUCUUUCUGGGUUCCAGUCAUCUAAAGUGCUCAUGGCUCCAGAGUCGGCUCUUUAGUAAGGGUUUCUUAACAGAAAGAGAAGGUGCUGUUGUAUUUAUCUCAUAAAGUAACGAGGCCAGACACACCAGGACUCUGUCAAGAGCUCUCUGUGUUAACAGUGUCAUUCCUACCCUUAUUGUGCAGAGGAAGGUGGUACCUGCAGAGAGUUCCCAGGGGAGUUUCCUCUCUAUUAGAAAACCUACUCUAAUAGAAUCUUUGUCAAUUGACUGUUGGAAUAAGGUCAGUAAUAGGAUUUCUCCUCACUCCACAAGUGUAAUCCCAUUUUCUUAACUUAGGAGCCUACAAUGUUCUUGCUUGGGAAGAAAAUAUGUCAGCGGCCUGCUUAUUGAAUGUGUUGUAACACUCAGUGUGAUUUUAUUUUGAUAAUAAAUAGUGAUAUUUUAUUUUGACUUUUUAUGUUGACUGGUGAGGUAUUGACAGUGUUUUCUGCUGCAGGGAAAAAUCUUCUAACCUUCUUGGGGGGAAUUUUAUAUAGUCUUUAAAAAA